AUGUACAAUUCAGAGUUUGAAGAAAGGGAAAGUCCACUGAAUAGGUCGAAGAGAACAGCUGAAAUCAUUUGGAGUGCUCGCAAGGAGGAGAUUAUUACUGAUUCUGAUCUAAGGGAAAUUGACCUGUACUCCUUUCAAGGUCUCCUAAAGCAUGAGGGAAAAGCAAAGUUUGGUGCGGCAAAUUUUAAUAUUGAUGGUCAUUAUCCAGUGAGGGAGUUGUGGGAUCGUGCUAGAAGCUGCUGGACCAAAAUCUUAACUCACGAAAGCAUGUUUGUUCUUGUGGUUGCUCACAAUGCUGUUAAUCAGGCCCUCGUUGCAACAGCGAUUGGCUUAGGCACCGAGUAUUUCAGGAUUUUACUGCAGAGCAAUUGUGGUGUGACUGUGCUGGAUUUCACCCCACGACUAGAGGGUGGGUCUCCAUAUAUAUGUCUUAAUCGCUUAAAUCUGACCCCAAAUUCACCUAUUGCAGCUGGAAGUUCUGGAGGCAGAAAAACCAGUAAUCGGAUAAUUCUUGUUUGUCAUGGAUCCUCACAGAGCGGCUCAGAGAAUGAAUACAAACGAGGGAUUAGUGGUUGGAACUUCAAUCUUGAAGACGUGAAGGCUCAAGCUUCCUUGAUCCAGGAUGAGGACAUUAUAUCUGAAAAAGAUCUGGGUGGAAGCUCAGUUAGUUCUUCUGGGCUUGACCAUGAAAAGGAAUUGCAGCAUCAGUUGUCUUCAGUGAGCUACUGUUCACAAGUUUCAGAUAUAGAAGAUAAUGAUCUGAUGCAGAAUAAACCAUCUUCUCUAUCAGCCGACGUAACUCUGACUAAUGCGUUUUAUGUUUUCUUGUUAACUAAAUUUGAGAAAUCCGAUGAUGAUGCAAGCAUUGCUGGUUCAAACCAUGAACACCAAGUUUCACAAAAUUCUGCCUCCUGUUUUGAGGAUAAUGUUAAAAUAAUUUGUCUGGAAAACCUGGCUCAGAUGUCAGUUGAAGAAACGUUGACGGCACGGCUGUGCAAGGUCAUCAAAGGAGGGGAAGUUCAUCAGUGGUGA